UUGGACUUUUGUUCGAAACGUCAACCUUUUUCUGUUUUUUUCCAUCGCUCUUAAAAAUCGGAUUUAUGAUAACAACUGUUUCAAAAGUUUGAAAAGAUAAAAAAUGAGCAGUAGUUAUUAUUUUGCUAUCGUUGGACACAGUGAUAAUCCAAUAUUUGAAAUGGAAUUCGUAAACGCCAAUAAGGACACAAAGAAAGAAGACCAUCGACAUUUGAAUCAAUUCAUAGCACAUGCUGCCCUAGAUCUUAUCGAUGAACACAAAUGGAAAACGAACAAUACCUAUUUAAAAUCAAUCGACAAAUUUAACCAAUGGUUUGUGUCUGGAUUCGUCACAGCAUCUCAUUUGCGUUUUGUUAUGGUACACGAUAAUCGAAAUGAUGAAGGAAUCAAAAACUUUUUCAAUGAAAUGUACGAAACAUACAUAAAACAUCUAAUGAAUCCAUUUUAUACUCCAAACACGAUCAUAAAAUCUAUUUCUUUUGAGAAAAAAGCGCAGUUGUAUGGCCGAAAACAUCUAGGAUCGUAAUGGAUAUUACUUCAAAUAUACUGAUAAAACUUA